UGAGAAUAGAGAUCAAUUCCUAAGUUCGUAGAGAUUCUCUCUCGACAAUUAAAAGCAAAUGCCUUCUGUCCGUACCCUGCAUCCGGGGGGCUUUCGACCCUCCGGAGAACAAUGGCCCGUCGAGCAGAGCAGUAUCUUUUUAGACGUGAAAAGAGAACAUAGCAGCUCCUCGUCACCAUCGUGCGGACAUGCGACCAAGAACGACCCUAUCCGCGGCUCUGAAGUAGUGCGGACAUGCAACUCCGAGUUCAUCCCUCCAGAUGAUGUUGACGAACAAAAGCUACAAGGAACAGUAGACCAGCUCGUUCACGAAAAUUUCUUCCACGAGCUCUAUGGCAUGGAAGAUCCUACACAUGUCAAGGGCCUUCCGCCAACCGUCCACAGUGCCACUAGAUCUUCUUGGGGUUUUGCCGCGUUUUGUUUCGCUUGGGGCGUAUGGUAUGAGCUACGAACCUGCUUAGGGCGAAUGUCUAAUAGCGGAGGAGGAGAACAAGGCUCUACUUUCGGAUUCGGAGGAGGUUUUUAUGAAGAACGUUGAGACCGUGACCGUUUGGAGGACGUAGUAGAAGGUUGAGAUCGUUUGUAGAAGCAGUGACCACGACUUGUAGUUGCCACUAGAAACCAGAACUUCCAGGAAAAAGCUUCUCGUCCCUCAAACAUUCUUUCUUACCCUUACCCUUCUACUUCACUUUUGCCUCUCUAUUACAUGGAGCAAACUAUUGGAGGUGGCUUUGCAUGGAUUGUUCGCUUACCUCCUAGUCACAGUCCGAGCGCGUCCAGGCUAUUUCCGCGGUCGACGAGUUUCUCCACCCAUCGCAGCUGCACUAGGUGUGGAAGGAGCGGAUGAGAGCCGAGUCGCGAAGGAGACAACUUCUACCGGCAAGAUGAAGGAAGGCCCCAUUCAGGAAGACGUGUUGAACGAAGAUCAACGAGCGCAACUACGACCACUUCUGAACCGCUACCGCUACUGCAAACACUGCGAGCACUUUCAGCCGAUAAGAUGCAGACAUUGUAAAAGCUGUGGUUAUUGCGUCCUUACCUUCGAUCAUCACUGCUUUUGGCUUGGUGGCUCUAUUGGCGAACGUAAUCAUCGAAGAUUCGUCAUAUUCCUCUUCAUUGGAAGUAUCGUGUGUCUCCUGCACGUCCAGGCGAUUUUGUUUCCCGCGACCUCUACAGAUCAUGACACAACCUCUACGUCAGAUCAUCAUGACACAGUAGGAGCCACAAUAACGUCUUCAAGAACUACAAUAAUGACGCCACCAAUAAAUACGUCAACAAGGACUGCCACCUCUACGUCAGAUCAUGCCUGUCGCGUGCUUGUCCGAGAUAUUCUCUCCUCUCGAAGUCCGCGUCCAGGCCCUUUCCUUGCGUGCACAGAGUGGAGCAUUUUAGGAUCUACCGCACUGGGCUUCGCUAGUCUUUUCCUUGGUCUGCUUUUGUACCACGGGUACCUGAUAGCAACAGCGCAAACGACAGCAGAGCAUUGGACUGGACGUGCUGGGUUGCCGCGAUACCUGAGAGAGAACGUUCCGGUCGACGUGAAACACCCGUUUUCAGCAAAGACAACAAGGGAGAAUUGUUGGGAAUUCUUCGGAGGGAGAUUCGCUAGUACUUCUUCCCUUUCAGGUCCUCCGGACUGCGAGGAGCAAAUCCUGGAGACGACGGCACGUCAAAGAGAAAUCCUACGGCUGCUGAGCGCAAUUUUCACUAGUCCGACUAAUGCGAAAAAGUCGCUGCCUCUAACUUUUUGUAGCACCAGCUUUCCCGGCGCACUACAAGAAGUAGAGGACACAACACCUAGGCACCAGCACCCCCUACCCCGACACGAGGCGACACCAUCUUCCGAGGACAGAACGCGUUUACUUGAAAUGACUACUACCACGUUUAAGCACGACGUCAACUACGAUCACGAAGACUUCGUCAAGGUGGACUUGGACGUUGAAGAAAGACAACUGGUUCUUGACGGAGGAACAGUGCAAAUAGGGAGUGACAGAAGAACGAAGAUGCUUGGGAGCAUACUGAGACCAGACGCUGAGCCUCCACGCUUCGCGAAGCAGUGUCGAGUAUGGCAAAAUGGAGAUGAAAUUCCAUUCAGCUUCCUCGAUAACGAAUACUACUCUUGCUUCUGAGAUGUUGUGCGUAACUCCUUUCCUUGACGUCAUGCGAAUCAGAGUCCCAUGCUCGACGAAAAUCAAAAUUGUAAUUCAUUGUCAGCAGGAGCGAAAAUGAUAUGCAGAGGGUACUACUGAGGAGAU